AUGUCCGAUAAUAAAGAAACCAAGCUUGUGGAGGAUAGUAAACAUGACGAGUGUUUCGAAGAUCCUCCUCCUGCAUACUCAUCAGCGCGCAAUUCGUGUGUUUCCUCCGAAAUCUCGCUGUUCACGAUUGAGCCGGACUUUGCUCCCGAAUUCACGAACGAUUCUCGCGACUUAGAAAACUACUGUGCUGCUGCUGAAGAUGAGAAAUUUAGUCUAAACCCAGACCUUGCAGCACGGACUUCUGCUUUCAUUCAGGCCUUCAUGCGACCAAAAGCGCAGGCACGAUUAGUGAGCGUGGGCUUAGACGAAAAGGAGCCUCAACAUACUGGCCAGUUUACCCAGACACGGGAGAAUGUCACGCCUCCACCUUUGGACAUCGUGCUGAUGGUUGUUGAAGAGAGCAUAAGACCUUUUCUAGCUGUGGCAAAGCAACUUUCAAGAGACUCGCAUCGAGUUCGAAUUGCUGCGGCUGCAUCUUGCGAAUACUUGGUCAGAAGUCAAGGUCUUGAUUUCUUCGCCAUAACUUAUGACCAUGAGCUACCCCUAUCCAUGCAUAACAUGGGUGAUGCCCAUCCUUCAGACGAGGCUCAGGCUCGGCUUCAAUAUUUGAGGAGAGUUCAGCAAUCAUAUUAUGAGGUCUACCACCGGUGCUGGAGGGCUUGUAUUGCUCCUUUCAAGGGGGACCGUCGACCAUUUCUGGCCGACGCAAUCAUUGCGAAUCCCAUGGCUCGUGCCCACAUUCAUUGUGCUGAACGACUUUCAAUCCCUCUUCAUAUCAUGUCCGCUUUUCCUCAAACCCCGACAAAAGCAUUUGCACAUCCACAUGCCCGGAUAAGCCCAUACGAUGGCGUCGACCAAUCUACUUCAAACGUGCUUUCUUAUGCGAUAGUUGAAGAAUCGACGUGGAAUGUGCUAACAUGUAGUUCGUUACUUUCGGACAGUAUACUCAAGCCCAUCAACAAAUUUCGACAACAGAUUCUGGGCUUGAUGAGCAUAUCCCCGGUUACAGCGGGAAGGCUCGUGACUGAUCACGAACUUCCUCACACGUAUUUCUGUUCGAAGGUUUUAGUUCCGCGGCCAAAUGACUGGAGCAGUAAUCAUGGUAGGCCUUAUUGCUGCUAUAGACCCUUGAGUGGAAAUAGCAUGAAGGAUAUAUACCGUCUGGCGCUGAUAAUCCAAGAUGCUAUUUUGAAGAAGGGAUAUCGUGUCCUACUUUCCAGGGACUCUAGACGCCUUGGUGAGCUAUUGAACAGUACCAAUGUGCUCGUCAUUGAGUCUGUUCCGCUUGAGUGGUUACUUCCGAGAGUGGCUGUUGUAAUACACAAUGGAAGCCCAUCCAGCACACAAUUGGCUCUACAGUACGGAAAGCCAAGUGUGAUCAUCGCCACAACAGAAAAUCAUCUGUCAACUGCACAUACAAUUGCCAAAAUCGGAGCCGGGGCUUCGCCACUGACGAGCAGAACGCUUACCUCUGAGAGCCUGGCACAGGCAAUAACAUUUGGUCUCCGUACAGAUGUUCAACAGUCGACUCAAGCCAUUAAGCGACAGGUAGAGGAAGAGGCAGGGCUUGAGAAUGCUAUUCAAUCCUUUUAUCGCUCUUUGCCUUCUCAAGUACAGACGUGCGGUAUCACCAAACACGAUCUAGCCAUGUACCAGAUUUGGAACAGACCAUCGCUCGUGAUAUCAUCCGAGGCAGCUGCAGUUCUAGUACAGGAGAGCCGGAUCAAAAUCACUGAUAUCGUGCUGAUCAACCGUUGCAUCUACAAAGUACAAGCCGAGAGCUCUGCCUCUUAUGAUGGUACAGCUAAGGAAUACUGGAAUGGAUUCACCAAUGCGGCAAAGGAUAUAGUAACCGCUUCGGACCUUGUUAGCAUGAUUUCAGGUCGUCAAAAGGAGAGCUCGACAGACGAGGAGAGGAAAGUUAAACGGAGUGUCGCUCGUGAUGUUGGUGUUGGGACCGCAAAAUUCUUUGGACACAUUGCCUUGUUGCCAUUCACGAUGAACACCGUCACAUACGGAGUCAAAAGCGUCAAGAAGCACCAGGCGCAAGGCGAGAAACGUGAAGAAACGGAUAUCGCGGCGACUUAUGAUAUCGCUGGCGAUGAAGAAUGUGAUGCAGCUGCUUCCAAACAUCCUGGCCUUAGCCCUUCGCGAGAAGGGGUGGAUCCAACGAAACAGGCAUGGCAGAGAGGAUCCUCGCGCAUUGGCAUCACGGCAGAUGCUGAGGCUAGGACAGGUUCAAGCGCGACCCCGACAGCGAACCAAAUACAGCUCAAGAAUGAGGAGCACGUUGAAGCUAUUUGCCGGCGACAUCUGGACCGUGGUUUCAAGAGUCCUAAGGUAGCUGAUACAGCAUUUAGAGAGAGGAUUCUUUCUGCCUUCGAAAACGGAGUCAUGUAA